CGGCCACCACCUCUGUAUUUAUAUGUAUAGAUUCUGAUCACCAUUUUUCCAUGCACUUCACGCCCCCCACCUUUAUUUUCCUCUGCCAUCUUUCUCAGAACUUAAAAUUAGUCAUGGCUUCUCCUAGUACUUUUGUUGCGACCAAGAAUAUGGCAAUGGUUUUUCUUCUAUCCAGCUGCCUUUUAUUGGCAGCAUCGGCCGGUAAUUUCUACCAAGAUUUUGACAUCACAUGGGGCGAUGGGCGCGCAAAGAUACUCAACAACGGGCAGCUUCUCACGCUGUCUCUUGACAAGACCUCUGGCUCCGGUUUCAAGUCGAAGAAAGAAUACUUAUUUGGCAAGAUCGAUAUGCAGCUAAAGCUUGUACCCGGCAACUCGGCCGGAACUGUCACUGCUUACUAUCUAUCUUCUCUGGGGUCAGCUCAUGACGAAAUCGACUUUGAAUUUCUGGGUAACCUAAGUGGAGACCCAUAUAUUCUCCAUACUAAUGUAUUCACACAGGGGAAAGGCAAUAGGGAGCAACAGUUCUAUCUCUGGUUCGACCCCACCAAGGACUUCCACACCUAUUCCAUCCUAUGGAAUCCUCAAACCAUCAUUUUCUCAGUGGAUGGAACCCCCAUUAGAGAAUUCAAGAAUUUGGAAUCAAAAGGAAUCCCUUUCCCAAAGAAACAACCCAUGUCGAUAUACUCCAGCCUCUGGAAUGCCGACGAUUGGGCCACAAGAGGUGGCCUGGUGAAGACAGAUUGGAGCCAAGCUCCGUUCACUGCCUCUUACAGAAACUUCAAUGCCCAAGCCUGCGUCUGGUCUACUGCAGGUUCCUCCUCUUGUUCAUCUAAUAAGUCCUCCGGCAACUCAUGGUUGGCGGAAUCCCUUGACGCGACGGGGCAAGAAAAAAUCAAAUGGGUGCAGAAGAAUUACAUGAUUUACAACUAUUGCACCGAUAUCAAGCGCUUCCCGCAGGGAUUCCCUCCCGAAUGUUCACUUUCAUGAAUUAUAAUUUAAUGUAACAUAUAAUCAAUUACCACUUCCGUUU